AGAGGGGUGCUAACUUGGCCACCCAACCCAGCAGGUCAGGGGCGGGCCAUAGAUUCGAAUCCUACCACCUUUCUUGUGGAUCAUCCUGUGGUUACCAGAUGAUGGGAAUAACAAAGCAGAAAUUUAUAAAUGAGCAGAGCACGAAAUGUACAUAAUAUAUGAAUUCUUUCAUUUAUCGUUAUUUCCGGGUCUUUUCGUUGCAUUCACUUACAACAAGAAACAACCACCUGCGUUUGGUGCAGCACCUGCAUUUUGGUGCAUUCUUCUUUCUUUCCUCGGUCUUUCGUUCCGUCAUAUUCCUAAUAACUUAUCCAAUUACAACGUAUUAACCGCUAAUGCACCUUUCUUUUAUCAAAUAUCAGGGACAUGGUCUAAUCAUGAGGGUAGUAUUUUAUCAUGGUGUCGGAUCCCACGUUUUUAUGGAUUCCUUCUUUGUUACCGGGGUCGACCCCAAAGCCAUAAUGUCUCAAAACGAGGAGGCCAUAGAGAAGUUUUGUAUUACUUUGUCUCGAACUUCGUGAAGAACUCCAUUCUAUCUCUCUCUCGUUACGAACAAAAAAUAGGGGCUGCACCCCAGUUGUACCCUGAAAGGAUAAUUAGCUUUGCUCCUCUGGGUGCUAGGCGAUCCCGUGGUUCGCGAGAAGGAAAAAGAAGGACUCAUCCUUUGUUGCAUCUGGCACGAUAUGAUAAAGAGAGAGCUUCGUCUAUCGAUGAACAGCGGAUUGACGGAGCUCUUGGCAUUACUUUGUUUUUCUCUCCUUUCCUAUCAGCGAGUUCCGAUCCUUUUGUUCGACAUUUCUUCGUUCGUACCGAAACGCUUGCAGAAUCAAACAGUGCUAUGGGCUUUGGAUUAUGUAGAUAAAAAAUUCUUAAUCGGAUUGUGGCACUCCACUCGCCGCCAAUGCGGAAGGAUGCCGCCGAAAAGAAGGGAACGCUGCUUCGCUCUCCUGGAUGCGUCGGAUCCCGUAUAACAAGCGAGCUUUUUACCAUUAAAUUAAAACAUGUGGUCGCAAAAUGCUAUCCAGCUCUCUUGUUGCGUAGCAAUAGAAGCCUGCUCAUGCUGCUUUGGCGGCGCUUUUUUAUCUUCUCUUCGCUCUGGACAGGAGCGCUAGUGGACACGGGGAGGGAGCAGGCGAAGCGUGUCGUUCGUAAUGAACAGAAAGAGACCACUACUUCGCCUCUUUGUUGGAGCGCCGGCGUGAACACAGUGGUAUCUGACCAGGACCAGAAACAGAUUUGAAUUUGGAUCUUGACAUGUCGGUGGUUUUUAACCGUGGGCAUCAUACCAGGAAGUUGGUGGCCUCAUCAUGAAUUAGGUCGGGGUGGCUGGUGGUUUCGGGAUCCCGUAGAAAAUGCUUGUUUUAUGCCUUGGGUAUUAGCCACAGCUUGUAUUCAUUCCGUAAUGCUACCCCUUCUUCAUUCUUGGAUCUCGUUUCUUAAUAUUGUUACUCUUCCAUGAUGUGUCUCAGGAACCUUUUCAAUACGGUCCGGAUUGCUAGCUUCCGUUCAUAGUUUUGCUACAGAUGAUACACAAGGAAUUUUUUUAUGGAGGUUCUUCCUUCUAAUUACCGGCAUAUCUAUGAUUCUUUUCUCCUAGAUGAAGCAACAGGCAUCGGUCCGUAGAACU